AUGAAUUCUCUCUCAAAUUUUACAAACUCUCCAACUCUCCCUACUAAUGGGACAGAGCAGGAUCAACUACCUAACAUCGCCCCUCCAGCUCGCCGUGAGAGGAAGGCUCGCACUGAGACUUCCACUCGUCACACGUGGAGCAAGGAGGACAACAUACAGCUCAUGACGCUGUAUUAUCAGAGCCGACCAUCCCACUCUGGUUACAGAAGGAGACUCCGGUCACUGUGGGAUGAUGCCGGACUCUUUACCUGUACGGAACAAAGAUUGGCAGACCAAGCAAGGUCAAUCAGAAAUAACAAUCUCCUUUCAGACAUAGAACUACUGGAGAUUCGAGGAACACUCCCAACUAGUGUAGUGGAAGAGACUCCAACAAGUACAAUUACAAGUCAAGCCUUACCCACUGUCUCCCAAGCUAUCAGGACAUUGAGGGAUGCAAGUAUCCCAACUGUUGCCGCCGAAGAACUCACCCCCACCGCAACGGUAUCUGAUUUUGACAAGGAGGCAAUCAUUGAGCGGCUAAAAACCCUCUUAGAAGACCCUUCAGUGAUAGAAACCAAACCUCUUAGACACGUGAACAGGAAGAAGCUUAUGGAGGAAACAUCUCUCAUUAACUCAUGUAUAGCAGAGAUUCAUACUUCUUCAAUCACUGAAACCAACACUCUAUUGCUAGCAGGAGCACAUUUAGUCAGUGAAAGACUUGGUGAAAAACCUACAAAUAAGAAUACAGAGAAACGGAAAACGCCACUCUGGAAAAGAAGAAUCGAAGAUAAGAUUACCCAAGUUAGGAAAGACAUCUCUUAUCUCGAGGAAAAGAAGAAAGGUACUGCCCUUAAACAAAAAAUACUGGAAGGGCUUAACAGACGACAUCCCCUGUUGAAGAAAAAGGGCAUACCAUGCAUCAUCGAAGAGCUCAAGCAACGUCUCCGUGCAAAAGCUGCUAAGAUAAAGAGAUUUAACAAAAGAUGUGAACGAUUCCACCAGAACAAGUUAUUUGGAAACAACCAGAGGCAGUUCUAUAGAAACCUUAAAUCAAACCCUGAAGAGCAUGAUAUCUCCCACCCUGAGGCUGACAAGGAUUCUUGUUUGAAGUUCUGGAAGAACAUAUGGGAGAAGCCGGUUGAACAUAACAGCGAUGCUGAAUGGUUACCAGAUGUCAGAACAGCAUUAUCCUCAGCAGAUGAACAAAGACAGUUUGUUAUAACCAGCACCCUGGUUGCAACUAGAGUAAGGAAAAUGACCAACUGGUCCUCCCCUGGUACAGAUGGACUGCAUGCUUAUUGGAUAAAGCACUUUAAAGAACUCCACAAUAGGAUUGCAGAUCAACUGAUGAAUUGCCUGUCCAAUGCUGAUAUCCCAGAAUGGAUGACACUGGGUCGCACGUACCUGCUCAUUAAGGAUCAUUCCAAGGGACCCAUCCCAGGCAAUUUCAGACCAAUUACAUGCUUAUCAGCAAUGUGGAAAUUGUUCACUGGGCUAAUCUCAGAUUCCAUUUACUACCACCUAGACCAACAGAAACUCCUCCCCCCUGAGCAGAAAGGGUGCAAAAAGAAGAGCAGAGGAUGUAAAGAACAGUUAAUGAUAGACAAACUUAUACUGAAGAAUUGUAAACGAAGGAAGCGGAACUUGAACAUGACGUUUAUAGAUUACAAGAAGGCGUAUGAUAGCGUCCCACACUCCUGGAUCCUGUCUUGUAUGACCAUGUGCGGUAUCUCAUCAUCCAUCAUAGACCUCUUUGAAGCCUCAUUCAAUCAAUCAUAUGUUAACCUGAUGCUUGGUAAAGUUUCCCUUGGGAGGAUUAAAAUUAAUAGAGGUUUAUUUCAAGGAGACUCAGUCUCCCCUAUCCACUUUAUCAUUAGUCUUAUACCCCUUUCCAUUCUUUUGAAUAAGCACGACAUAGGAUACUCUCUGGACAGAAAUGAUGGACCAAAAGUGUCGCAUAGGCUAUACAUGGACGACCUCAAGUUGUAUGCCGAGAGUGAAGACGAAAUGCAAACACUGGUUAAUACCACAGCAGAGUUCAGCAGUGACAUAAAAAUGGAAUUCGGGCUAGAGAAAUGCGCCGUGGUGAAGGUGAAGAAGGGAGCAAAAGCCGCUAUUGAAGGCAUCACCCUACCCACAGGUGAACAGAUCCAUGAGUUGGAGGACGAGGGCUAUAAGUAUCUGGGAAUACUAGAAGCCAAUAAUAUUCUACACAAAGAGAUGAAAGCACUUGUCACAAAGGAGUAUAUCAGAAGAGUCAAAAAGGUGUUAAAAUCCCAGCUUCAUGGUAGGAAUAGUAUACAAGCAAUUAACACCUGGGCUGUACCUGUGAUAAGAUAUGGAGCUGGAAUUCUUUCUUGGAACGCUGGAGAAAUCAAAGCCUUGGACGUCAAGACCCGGAAACUAAUGAGGAUAAAUGGAGCUCAUCAUCCCCAAGGAGAUGUUGAUCGGCUAUACGUCAGCCGUCAACUUGGUGGCCGUGGGCUUCAUAGUAUAGAGGAAGUCGUAAAGAGAGAGGAGAAUGCACUCACCACCUAUGUGAUGAAGAGUAGAGACCCGGAACUGAUUGCUCUGAAGGACUACUUUGUCAAAGACAAGAUACUCUUAGGUGAAGAGAUAGACAAAGAUACUGACCGAACACAACGCGAGGAAAAACGCAAGGAGAAGUGGACUACUAAAGUGAUGCACGGACAGUUUCCAAGGCAGAUGACGGGUAUAGCAGAUCCGAUAACCUCUUGGAACUGGCUCACUCAACAAGACUUGAAGAAGGAGACAGAAGGAUUGUUGAUAGCAGCCCAAGACCAAGCACUUAGGACUAACUAUGUAAAGAAUAAGAUUGACAAAACACCUGGCUCUUCUCCACUCUGCAGACUCUGCAGAAAUCAUUAUGAGACAAUAGAUCACAUACUGAAUGGGUGCCCAAAACUUUCACAGACAGAAUAUAAGUGUCGGCAUGACAAAGUAGCUGCCGCAUUGCACUGGAGUCUGUGCAAGGAAUACGGCUUCCCACGCAGUAAAAAGUGGUACGAACACCGAGCAGAGAAGGUGUUGGAGAACGAAAAAGUCAAGCUAUUGUGGGACUUUCACAUCCAGUCAGACCACGUUAUUGAGCACUGCAGACCGGAUCUUCUCCUGGUAGGCAAGGUAACCAACGCAGCAACCAUCAUCGACGUUGCAGUCCCAGGAGAUACCCGGAUCUUGGAUAGAGAGCAAGAUAAGAUACUAGCUUAUCAAGACCUAAAAAGAGAGAUUAAGAAGAACUGGAAUUUACGAAAGGUUACAAUUGUCCCAGUGGUGGUAGGCGCUUUAGGAACUGUCACCAUAAACUUUCGUAAGCACCUCGAUGCAGUCCACUGCAAUCUGAGCAUCUCUAAUCUUCAGAAGACAGCUCUGCUUGGAUCAGCUAGAAUUCUCAGGAUGGUCUUGGACAUCUAA